AUGUUACCAUUCUUAGGAUACCUUGGCCUCGGCGGCUCGUCCACAAGCAACAAGAAUGAGUUGGCUUCGUCCGUCAGGGCGCUACCGGCCUCAUGGUAUACCUCGGACGAGAUGUAUGAGCUCGAAAGACGAGCAAUAUUCUCCCGGAAAUGGAUGAUGGUCACACACCAGCUCAGACUCAAGCAGCCCGGCGACUACCUACGGUACGACGUAGCAGGCUUCCAGUUUGUGCUGUGCAAAGAUCGCGAAGGUAAAAUCAACGGAUUCCACAACGUCUGCCGACACCGCGCUUUCCCCGUGGUGACGCAGAAUUCCGGACAGGCCAAGAUCUUCUCCUGCCUCUACCACGGCUGGUCGUAUGGGCUCAACGGCAAGCUCGCGAAAGCACCAGGCUACCAGGACCUCCCUGAUUUCGACAAGACCAAGAACAGUCUCUUCCCCAUACACGUCCAUAUCGACGGCAACGGCUUCAUCUGGGUGAACCUCGAUGCCAAAUCGGAGCCCGAAAUCCCCUGGUCCGACGAAUUCCAAGGCAUUGAAGACCUGCCCCGCUACGACGGUGUCAACUGGGACGACUUCGAGUACGACCACACCUGGGAAAUGGAAGGAGCCUACAACUGGAAGAUCGCAGCCGACAACUACAACGAAUGCUACCACUGCAAGACAGUCCAUCCAGACAUCCCCGCCAUCGCCGACCUGACCUCCUACUCUGUUGACACCGAAGCCGGCACCAUCUUACACAACCCAGCGACAAAGCCGGAACAAGCGGCCGCCGGCCUGACUGUAGCACCAACAUAUUUCUUCCCCAACAACUCCAUGACCAUCACACCACACUUUUUCUACACUCAGCGCUUUGUGCCCAUCUCCCCCAGUAAAACUUUGAUGCAGUACGAAGUGUACCGCAACACCAAGUCGGCCAUCGAAGACUUCAAGAACAUCGACGCCAUCUACAAGCGUGUCAUGAAAGAGGACAAGUACCUCUGCGACCUGACCCAACGGAACCUACGCGCCGGCGUGUUCGUGAACGGCGAGAUGCACCCCAAGAUGGAGAAAGGCCCGUUAUAUUUCCAACAGCGGUGUCGCGAGAUCGUGCAGGAGCAUUGGAAGAAGGAGACCGCGGAGAAGAGGGAGAUCUGGCCCGCGAGGCAGCGCCUCCCAGGUGAUGGCAGUGCCAUGGUCACGGGGAAGGACCUGGACUUUUGUUCCGGCCUGGCGUGUGACUCGGGCAAUAAGGCGCAAUUGGCUUGGUGA